AUGAAAAAUAUCCCCUCCGACGACGAGACCAUUGCCAGAGCCCAUACUAUUCCUCAGGCACACCGGAAUGGGACCCCCAACACCAGCGACUCUGGGCUCCCCCCACCAAAUUCUUGUAAGCCCCACCCCUUCAGCAAGCAGCCCAAUCCCUGCCCUUGCCAAUCUUUAACCCAGGGACCUGGGUACCCCAGCCCCAGGCCCCACCCUCGGCAGUCGUCCCUGGGUGACUUUUGGCUGGUGAUUCCCGGGGCUCCCUACGGCGGACUCUGCCCUCCCCUCCUGCUGCCCCAAGCUCGACCUCCCUGGGCUCUUUCGGCUGGUGUCUCCAAGGACCUGGGUCUGAACCCUGUGUUUCCCUCCCCCAUCAUAGAGUGCAGAUGGUGUAUAAGAGUAUUUUGUCAAAACUGUGAAGGAGGAUGUGGCUGUAGGGCUGAUAGUUCUCAUGAGUGUUACUGCUCUUCUUUCCCACAGUUAAAAGAAUAUUGGCAGAGGAAGAGCCCUGGCAUUCUAGCAGGAGCUAACAGGAAAAAGAAAAUCAAUGGCAGUAGCCCUGACACAGCCGCUUCUGGUGGUUACCGCUCACCUGGGGAUUCAGCAACAGGUGUCUACAGGGAGGGUCCUGUGUCAUCUACUACCCUGAAAGAUCUGCAGGUUCGCACAUGGAAGGAGGAGAAGCAUGAGAUACAUCGGGUACAGAAGCUUGGGAGGAGCUUCUUCAAACUCAAACACCAGAGGGCUGAGCCCCGGGCCCCAGAUCCCCCAGCAGGGCUCUCUGAGGUGGAGCAGCUACAAGAUGAGACCAAACACCUAAGGAAGGAGUUGGAGAGUCUGGGAAGACAGCUCCAGGCCGAGGUGGAAAACAAUCAGACGUUGAAUCUCCUGAACAGGAGACAGGAGGAGAAGCUACGUGAGCAGGAGGAGAGGCUACAUGAGCAGGAGGGGAGGAUACGUGAGCAGGAGGAGAAGCUACGUGAGCAGGAGGAGAGGAUACGUGAGCAGGAGGAGAAGAUACGUGAGCAGGAGGAGAAGAUACGUGAGCAGGAGGGGAGGAUACGUGAGCAGGAGGAGAGGCUAUCUGGGCAGGAGGAGAGGAUACGUGAGGAGGAGGGGAGGAUACGUGAGCAGGAGGAGAAGAUACGUGAGCAGGAGGAGAAGAUACGUGAGCAGGAGGGGAGGCUACGUGAGCAGGAGGAGAAGCUACGUGAGCAGGAGGAGAGGCUACGUGAGCAGGAGGAGAGGAUACGUGAGCAGGAGAAGAGGAUACAUGAGCAGGAGGAGAGGCUAUGGGAGCAGGAGUGGCUGCCAGAGCAGGAGAGGCUGCUGGAGGAGGUGAAGAAGCUCUUGGAACGGGAUAGACGGGAGGGGGAGGAGGAGAAGCUGCUAGAGCAUGAGAGGCUGCUGAACCACGUAAAGAAGCUGCUGGAAGAGGAGAGGCUGUGGGAGCAGGAUGAGAGGCUGCGGGAGGAGGAGAGGCUGCCAGAGCAGGAAAGGCUAUUGGAGCAGGUGGAGAAGCUAUUGGAACAGGAGAGGUGGCAGGAGGAACAGGAGAGGCUGCUGGACCAGGGGAGGCUGCUGGACCAGGUGGAGGAACUGUUGGAACAGCAGAGGUUGUGGGAGCAGGAUGAGAGACUGAGGGAGCAGGAGAGGCUGCUGGAGCAGGUGGAGAAGCUUUUGGAACGGGAGAGGCGACAGGAGGAGCAGAAGAGGCUACUGGAGGAGGAACAGCUGCUGGACCAAGUGGAGGAGCUGCUGGAACAGGAGAGGCUGCGGGAGCAGGAUCAGAGGCUGUGGGAGCAGGAGACACUGCAGGAGCUGGAGAGGCUGCGGGAGCUGGAGAGGAUGCUGGAGCUGGGGUGGGAAGCCCUCUAUGAGCAGCAAGCGGAGCCACACAGCAGCUUCGAGGAGCUGAACAAUGAGAACAAGAGCGCACUGCAUUUGGAGCCGCAAGUAAAGGAGCUGAAGAUGCUGGGCGAGCUGAAAGACACGGUAGAGCUGAAGAGCCAAGAGGCUCAGAGUCUGCAGCAGCAGGGAGACCAGUACCUGUAUGGCCCGCCAAAAGUUGCAGGAGACCCCAGGGAGGGAGUUGCCAAGGACAGGGCCCCGAGAGGGACAACCUGGCAACCUCCGUGCCUUCUCACCCUCUUUCCUGGCCUCUUAGGAGCACCUGGAAGCUACCAGCCAGCAGAAACAGCAGUUAAAGCCCAGUUGAGCCUCAUGGCUCUCCCUGGGGAAGAAGAGAUGGAGGACAUCUGGACAGUGAGGAGGAGGAGGCACCUCGGCCCAUGCAGAACAUGCCAUAGGACUGGAAGAGCCGGGAGGUCAGGUGGCAUUUUUCAACAACGCUGGAGCCAAUGCCCAGGAAUAGCAAAGGGUGUGCUGUCAGCCCCUGGCUCACCCAGUGGCUUCAUCCCAGAGGACCCCACGGACUGGGGGAAAGUACAUCAGCCACGGGGCAGUGCCAAAGAUUUGGCACUAGGAGGAGGACAUCAUCAGGCUGGCUCAGGACCAGGAGACGCAAGUGAACCUGCUGGAGCUGCAGGGACAGGUGUUGCACCUUGUGGGCGCCACGAGGGGCAUGAUAAAUUCCUGACCACUGCCCAGAGUCCUGCUGCUGAGCCCGCUCUAGGAGCCCCAAUCCCCCAGGAGCUUGGGUGUGCUGACAAGCAGGGUGAUCUUCGGGAGGUGAGCCUCACUGACAGCAUGGAGCCUGCACCAGGAGAGGCCAGAGAGGGUUCUCCCCACGACCACCCCACUGUGCAGCAGAUUGUGCAGCUGCUUCCUCUAACGCAGGACUCCCAGGAGCACCGAGGCUUGGGCAGCAACCCCUGCAUGCCAUUCUUUUCGGGCUGCCAAGAACAGGGAGAUAAACAUCAUCAUCACCUAAGAGCUGCUCAAGAAAUUAAAAAAGAAGAACAGUUAAGGGAUUAAUCUCCUACACAAUUCAUUUACUUCAUUCGAAUGUUAGAGCCACUCACGUUUAUUUGUGUUUCUAACUUAAUUUGUAGAAAGUUAAAGAAGAGUGGGUCUUUCCCUCAUGUUCACUCUGUAUUUUGAUAGUUCAAAUCACUUCACUUUUACCUGACACACAUAAAUGACUAGAAAUGACCUUCAGAUAGUGUUUAGCAUCUGUAACCUAUCUGACAAUAAUGUGUUCAUCAGGCACCUCUUGAUUAAAUCACAUACUGGCAUAUUGAAGCUGAAUGUCAGAAUGAAAAAUAAAUGUGCUAUAUUAAUUGAAAUACCACUCUUUGUGUAGGAAUUUUGUCAUAUGUUUAAGAAAAAGCUAAAAAGAAUGGAAAUCCUAUGACAAUAACUUAAGUCUUUCUUCAGAGUGCAUGCAGUCGUUUGCAAUACCUCAUUCAGCCAAGUAUUUGUUCUCUUCCUCAUUCAGUAUAAGGCAGCUUUCAAUUUGCUUAGAAGGCAACAUUAGAAGGUUAGAGUUCAGCAGAAACAGAAUUUUAAAAUGUGAGUUCAAACUGAAUAAAUGUGAAUUUCUGUAGGAAGAAUCAAAAUAUCAAUUUAAAGACUGCAAUAUACGAUAAUUAUUUUUAAAGUAUUUGAUUAAACCUGAUAGGUUUUCCUGAAAUGAAAAACAUCAGUUCUAAAACCAAAGCUGAGUUUUAUAAAACAUGAAAAUGUAAAUCAGCGCUAUCCAUAAUACUUUCUCUAAAACUUUAUCUUACAGUCACUUUCAAAUAACUAUUCAAAAACAUAACUGCUGUAAUAAUAUCUUGAAAUAAAACAUUUUAAAAUAUGAACACUGUAGUGUAAAAGAAUCUAGGGGAAGGAAAAGUAGAGAAAGAAAUGCCAAUUCCAGUCCAAAGCUUUAUUUGCCAAGUUUUCUUAGAAUGACUUUUUUUUACCAACUUAUGAUUUCUUAUAAACAGAAUGUAAAAUGGAAAUACUGACUUUUGUCUAAAGUGGCAUUAUUGACUUCAUCUGUGAUGUUACUAUAAUGUAAUAAUUUAUGAAAUUGUUGCAAGGUGCUGUUUUUGCCUUAAAAUUUUGUGUGUCUUGAAAACUACAGUAUUAAAGGUAUUGAGACUGUG